AUGGAUCCAAGUUUAUUAUUUUAUUUAAGUUCCAGCGAUAGUGAGAACGAUGAGAGAAUUGUUCGAAAACAACUUCGAGACAGGAGCAAUCCCCUGGCAUUAUCCAACAAUGCAUUCAUUAAACGAUUUCGCCUUAGCAAAGAGGCCUUUCAAUAUGUGUUGACAAAAAUUAAUAUAAAUAGCCACGAUACAAAAGCUGUUCCUGCAGUUCUCCAAUUAGCUGCAAGCCUCUCGCUCCUCGCCAGCGGCAGCUAUCAACAUGAAAUUGGUAGCGACUAUUUGAUAGGAAUGUGCCAGGGCACCAUCUCAAAAUUGACAUCCAAUGUUUAUAAAGAAAUGGAGAACAAGUUGUGUCCGGAGUUUAUACGGUUUGACCUAAACGAGUCUCAGAAAUGCAAGGAGUGGUUUGUGGAGCAAUACAAAAUACCGGGAGUAAUUGGUUGUGUGGAUGGCACGCAUAUUGGACUGCAAAAGCCAACUAAAGACGAGCAUAUGUUUUUUAAUAGAAAAGGAUUCCACAGUCUAAAUGCUAUGAUAAUUUGCGAUCAUACUUACAAGAUCCUUGCAAUCAACUGUCAGUAUGGGGGUGCAGCACAUGAUUCCUUUGUGUGGAAGCAUUCCAACCAGAGAAUGACUUUAGAGGAGCGUUUUCAGCACAACAGGAAUGCAAAUUCCUGGCUACUGGGUAAUGCUAUAAAUUUUAAACGACCUGUGGAAGUUAUAAAUUUUUAUUUACAUUUCAAAGCGGACUCUGGGUACCCACUCGAGCCUUGGUGCAUUACUCCUUACAUAAAUCCUCAAGACGGAUCAGAGGAGGCAAGAUUUAAUGAGGCUGAAAGUAAUCUUGAUAUAGAUAUAGGAGAAGAUGGUCAACUUACCCGAAUUGAAUAA